AUUUAAUUUUUUAACAACUUUGCUUGCAUUUAUUCAUCCUUUUUAGAAAAUUCUAACUAUGAUUGAAAUAGCAGUUAUUUAAAAGAUAUUUUAAACUAACAAUAAAGAAAAUGUUCUUUUGUUGUUGCUCUAGUUGAAUAAUGGAACGUAAUUUCUAAGCCCAGAUAUUUUGUCAUUUGAGAUGAAACCGACUCGCAUGUAAUGUAAACAAAAACUUCAAAACAUUGCCUUAAACCCGCAAAGUUAAGAUGGUUACAUUUUUUUAAUACUUAUAAUGGAUUUAUUAUUAUAAUUUAAAAAAGUCAUUAUAUAUAAAGGAAAAUAUUUUGUCGUGUGGGGGUUUUUUUUUGUACGCAAUAGUAACUUUUUAGAAAGAAUGCGUGAUGAAUUAAUCUGCUUGCGUUUCAUGUUUUUGAUAUCUCAUCUUCUCUUUUUGCUGAUGAUUUUAAUUUUUAAAAAGGAAGGCAUAGCUGAAAAAAAUGUCCCUAUAUACUUAAAUGUGAAAGAUGGUGAAUUACAAGCUCAUUAUGUGCAAGAUGAUCUUCAACAGAUAAUUAACAGAUAUACAGUUGUUUUUAGUGUAAGUACUACAUUGCUUUCCGUGGAGUUUUUGUCAUUCAUUGCAGGAGUGUCAAUGUUUACAAAAUGGCAAAAUCAAGUGUCUAUAAUCUGUCAUCUCCUAGGAACAUGUUUCUUGUCUUUUCUUUUAUAUGUCAAAUGGAAUGAUGAAUUAUUUUACUCAUCGUUUUUAUUGUGUGCAGUGCUUCCAUUUAUUACCGAAGCAUUUCCAGCUGCAAAUCAUCUUUUGGUCAAAGUAUGAUAUUUAGAACUGCAAUAUUAAGCAACCAAUGUGGAGUGCUACUUAACCAAAGAAAGAGGCCUUAGGAUUUUUGUGAUAUUUUCAAAGUAAUUUAAUUUUGUACUUUCAUUUAAUUUGUAAAGGACAUGCACUUGAACUUAUUCAAAUUGAAAUCAAAUAUAAUUUAAAUUUUGGAUCAUUAUUUUAACAACAUUUUUGGCUAAUUAUUUUUAACAAAUUUUAUGCUUUGUUGUUUUAUAAUUCUAAAAGAUAUGUUGCUUUAUAAUUUUUAAAAAAUGCCCAGUGUCAUAAAAAAAGUAUUUAUAUUGUGUAAAAAUAAGUAUGGCCAAUAUUUUACUAUUUUGUAUAAAAUUACUUUUAAAUUAUAAUUUUUUAUUUUUAAAUGUAAAAUACUGAAACCAACUCUCUUGAAGGUGACAUGCAAUCAAAUAUUUUUUAAUUCAGUUUGUCAAAAUUUUCUACAUAAAACUACUUAUAUUGAGGUUAAAUCAAAAUCAUUAAAGGAAAUUUUUGAUUUUGUUUACUGGGGUAGGAAAAUGGGGCGGGGCCUGAGUUUUAUAUGUCUAAGGGUCCUUAGAGGGCAUAACCCAGCCCUGGUGAUGUGUUAAAAAGUGUCACUUCAUUUCUGAAGAUAUAUUAGCCAAAAUUUUACAAUUCUUCCAUAAACUACUUUGUGUAAAACCAAAAUCUGAUGUUACUAUCAAAAUCUUUGCCAGGUUAGCAAUAAUAAUUAAUUUUGUGAAAUUAGCAAUGCUAGAUGAAGUAAGUUUUUUUUUUUUUUUUUUUUUUAAAUUUUUAAUGCACUAUCAUAAAAUUUCUUCCUUAGGUUUAUAUACCUUGUAUGAAGGUAUAUAAACCAAAAUGUUAGAACUCUUCCAUAAAUCACUUUGUAUAAAAACAAAAUCCGAUUUUUUCACAUCUCAUAAUUUUUGCUAACUUAGCAUUAUAUAGGUUUUUUUUAAAAAAACUUUUUUGUGAAUUUAAAUGCACUUUAAGAAAGUUUCCUUCCUGAAGCAAAAAUUUCAUUGUUUUCUUAAAGUCUCAAAAAGGAAACAAAAGACAAUG